UUCCCCACGGCGCAGAUGCUCACCGUCGGCCCGGCCAAGGAGGAGAAGAAGGACGGCGGCGCCAAGAAGGAAGGCGAAACUAAGAAGGAGGGCGACAAGGACACGAGCAAGCAGGAGGCGCACCCGCAGUACUGGUACGCGCUGCCGCCGUACCACCCGCACCCGUACCACCACGCCUACAGCCGCGAGGAGGACCCCAACUCGUGCAUCAUCUGCUAAUCGGCGCGCCGCGCCGCCGAUUUCCACCUCUGUACAUUUUGUAGCUGGCCGUGUGCUGCCCGCCGAUCGAUCAUGCCUCCCUGCUACGGUGAUCGACGACGGCAUGCGCUAUACACAACUACAUAAGGCCGUGUAAGGGCUUUGCACCGGUGGACCCUGACCCGGCUGUUGUGCAUCUGCAAAACAGAGAAAGUUCAUGGAGUGCUCUGCUCCCCAAUGGUGAUAAGAAAGUGCUGAAAUAAAUAAGCUGUAGGUGCGGCAGAUCGAGCGAGCCAGGCACAAUGGGAUCGUAAAAAAUUCAGGCGGCUUGCUAGAUUGGCCACUCGUGCAUCUUUACAUUUACCAACAGAAAGUCUGAACUCUGAAGCUGUCUGGCUGUGCUCCACCUGAGAGUCACUUUCAGUCAGUCAGCGACCUCGAUGAAAAAAAUGCGAACAUGUUUUAGAUCUUU